UGUUUUCUUUCGCCUUCCAGAGGAAAUUUGGAAACAAAAAAUCACCAUGUCUACGUACAAAGAUGAAAACGGCCACUGCUACGACUUGGCUUCUUUCAAAAGAGGAGAUUUGUUGGAGGCCCCUCGCACUUUGUUCACCCAUUUCGGUAUUUACCUAGGGGACAAUAAGGUGGCUCAUCUGAUACCAGACAUUCUCCCUGUGUUGACUAAAAACAGCAACAGGAUUCAGCAAAUGGUGACCAAUGACAGGCUUAUCAUGGGAGUAAUCUCAAAAAUAGCCAGUGUAAGGGUUGACACUGUUGAGGACUUUGCAUAUGGGGCUGCCAUUUUAACCAACCGUAUGGACAAAGUCUGCAGUCAACCACCAUUAAACAAUGAAGAAGUGGCAAGAAGGGCUGAGAAACUUAUAGGAUCAAUAGAUUACAGUCUUCUGUGGAAUAACUGUGAACAUUUUGUGAUGUACUGCAGAUAUGGAACUGCUGCAAGCUUCCAGACCAUUCAGUUCUGUGAGGCAGUGAGGACGAUCUUUAUCAGCAAGAAGAGUGUUCUUGUCACAGCUGCUCUCGGUCUGGCUUCUAUAUUUUAUCUGGGAUUGGAACCUUACACUGCACUCCCAACCUUCUUCAUCCCAUUCACUCUCUGGAUGGCUUCCUAACUUCGACAGAAGGAAAACAAAACUGCAUUACAAUACUGUACCAGUACUCUUCUUAGCGUAUCAAAUAUAGUUUUGAUCAUAACUAUAUCUGAACUUGCAGGGGAUUAGUGAUACUAUUCUGAUAUACUGUUAUAUUCAAAAGAACAUGGGACUUGUAGCUUUUGUAUUUUAUCCAAAACGUAAUAAUCACAAUCCUAAAUUCUGAGAUAAAGCUAUAAGACAAGCAGACACAUACUUCGAUAAUGCCUUAGUCAGUGCAAAGUUUGCACCAAUUGUCUUUUGAAUUAAUACAAAUAAAAGCCCUUCGGUAUUAGAGUAAAUAAUGCAACCAUUGCACUGGAACAAAAGUGGUAAAUCUGGCAGACUAUAAUAAUGUUAUAUAAUAAUAAUACGAAUUUGAAAAAGCCUUAUACUUUAAUGUAUGUCUAUUAAUUGAUGUAAUAAAUAUUUAAAUGUAUUUAAAUGUACUUGAUUGUUUUUUUAGACAAACUUUUCGGCAUAAUACAAAAGCCACAAUGGUUGUCUACACCUAGAGGAUGUAUCAAAUAUCUUUAUCAGCCUAACCACGUAUACAUGGAAGUGUUUCACUGUAUGGCAAAUCUUUAUUUAAAAUGUCAGUCAGUACUUGGAGUGUAUUCCGAUGCAUAUUUUUUGCCUUUCUAAAUAAAAAAAUCUGAGGACUUUCCAUUUCUGACUUUUACAGUACUGGACUUACUAUUGAAACCAAGACAGUAUGUUAUAAUACUACUAAUCACUUCUCGGUCUUUUGGCUAAGAUAAAGUGUACUAUCACUUCUUGGCCUUUUAGAAAAGAUCAGUCAUUUGGCUGAAUAGGUGCUAAUCGGAGAAGGCGAGGUAAAAGAAAUGGAACAAGAACAGAGUUUUUUGACAAGGAUAAUAAAAAUUACAACUAUUAUUAUUAUUUAUUUAUUAGCAGACGCCCUUAUCCAGAGUGACUUACAAUUGUUACAAGUCAUCACAAUACAAAGUAUUGCAUUAUAAAAUAUCACAUUACAGAAUAUCAUAAUACAGAUAAGAGCAGAUGUGAAAGUGCAAUAAAAUCAAUUCAAGUAAGAGCAAAAUAAAGCACACAGUAACUUAUAAAGUAAGAGCGAAUUUGAGUAAGUCUGCCGGAGCUUUGAGCUGUAUUAAUUAGAGCGGUUUCGAGUACGGUUCUCGAGAUCGGUUAUGUUAUGUAGUGUGGACAGGGCCUAAGAUUACACAGACACACAGAUCUGCUAUUUUCGGUAUACAAGACAUUAAUUCAAAUGACCAGAACCCAAUGCUAAACAGUUAUUAUGCAUAAUAGUAUAACUUUAACUUUGAAACGUCAACAAGAAACUCUCACUCUCCCUUAAACAAUACCCUGCCUUGUCUAUACUGUAUAUCAGUGGUUUUCACCCUGUGGUCUGCAGACCACUUGUGGUCUGUGAGUAAACUCCAGGUGGUCCGCAAACAACUCACAAAAUUCGGUUAUGCAAUUCUUGAAAAAAAAACAAUUUCUACACAAAUCACACAGUAGGGGUUGUAGCAUUCUGUGGCCCGUGGUCAGCGCUGUGACGUCUCAAUGGUCCGGACCACUGGGACCACUCCAUGGGACUCCUCGAACCACUAGAACCACUCAGCGCUGUGAUGUCACAGUAGUCCGGACCACUGGGACUACUCCAUCAAAGUGGUCGGGACCACUCGGACCAAUCUAUCAAAUGUGGACCGGACCACUCGCUGACGCUGUUCUACUCUGAUUUCACAGUUGUAUUAUUCAUUUUCUUAAUGGCUAAUUAUUGUUUCAUUUUCUCAUACAUACUUUACACUAAUAUAAUUAAUGCAAGUGUUUAUAUCUUAUAAUAAUGGGAUUUGGACAACUCGAGCAGUUCUUACUCACUGUCCUGUGUUGAGCAGUGGUUCCUGGGACCACUCCCUGUGGCUGUUAGGCUAUUUUAUGAUUUCACAGUUUUAUUAUUCAGUUUCCUUUAGGUUCAUUAUUUUUUCAUACUUAUUUUACACUAAUUUAAUGCAAGUGUUUAAAUUUAAUAAUAAUAAUGGGCUUUGGUCCCCACUCAGGGCUAUUUAAUAGUGUGUUUGGAGAAUUGAUUUUUCAGUUGUACUGUCAGAAAUGUUUUUUUUUUUUCCAUUGGGUAAAUACCUUUUUUUAAAACCUAACUUGCUGGUUAUAAAAGGGUUGUAUUUCCAUCAUGAAAGCUGAAAAUAAUAGUAAUGUUUAAUACAGAAGUGAAAGACUAGCUUUAAUGGUUUUAUCAUAUAUGUAUUAUGAUAGCCUUAAAUAAAUAAAUAAAUAAUAAUAAUAAUAAUAAUAAUAAUAAUGCUGUACUGAAUUUCCUGUGGAGUUUUAUAGCUCCACGGGACCACUGGGACCACACAGGUGCUGUGACAUCACAGUGGUCCGGACCACUGGGGCCACUCAGACCACAUGUGACACGGGGUGACUAAACUUGUAGACCUCAGACAGGCUAAUUUUUUUUUUUUUUUUUUUUUUUACUGUAUUAGGCAUAUUAAUCAGGUUCAAUGGUUGAGUUUGACUUUUUAUUAUUAUUAUUAUUAUUAUUAUUAUUAUUUAUUUCUUAGCAGACGCCCUUAUCCAGGGCGACUUACAAUUGUUACAAGAUAUCACAUUAUACAUUAUUUCACAUUAUACAGAUAUCACAUUAUUUUACAUACAAUUCCCCAUUUAUACAGUUGGGUUUUUACUGGAGCAAUCUAGGUAAAGUACCUUGCUCAAGGGUACAACAGCAGUGUCCCCCACUGGGGAUUGAACCCACAACCCUCCGGUCAAGAGUCCAGAGCCCUAACCACUACUCCACACUGCUGUCCCACUCCACAAUGUUAUGUUAUUUGUUUAAAACUACAUAUAGAAUUGUAUUGUUUUCUUUCACAUUUUUUUUUUUUUUUUUUGGCGUGCACUUAAAUGUUGGUUUGUUUUUGCCUGUUGCAUGAGAUAAUUGAUGUGCAAAAAUGACAAUCAUUAGUGAGAAGAAAGAAUCCUCGUGUGAAUCGCUGUUCCAAUAAGCUAAUUAUUUCCUGUUAUUACAGGCACCUGCCUGUUAGCAGAGGGGCUACGGAGCAGCCAUCCUGCCAGUUAAAAGAAAGAUCAAAUGAAUUAAUCAUGUGCAGUGGUGUGCCUGAUUGAAUAAACCAAGUGAUUGUUUACA